GGAUACAGCUGCCAAGAACGUGGAAGGGAGUGAACCAGAAGAUUAAGCACCCUGCUGUGGGGAGCCUGGCAAACAUGAAGAUGCUCUGGGUGCUGCUGCUGGUGCUGAGCUCGGUGCCGGGUGCCCCCGCGGUGCCUGCCCAGCGCCGCUCGUGCCACAAGCGGCUCCUCCGGGAGCACAGCUGCCACAGCAUCCCCGCGGGCACGGACAGCCUCCGGCACGUCCACCACGCUCUGCCACACCACUUCUGGGAAGGGAAGGGCUGCCAGGUCAUCUGCUACUGCAACCUGAAUGAACUGCUCUGCUGCCCGAAGGAUAUCUUCUUUGGACCAAAGAUAUCUUUUGUGAUCCCCUGCAACAGUCAAUGAUUUGAGUCUGCAAGUGAAGAUAACAGACAUCAUUCUACCAUCAUGUAAUCAUGUUUUUAAGGGUAAAACAAAACUGCACCAACAAAAAAACUUCCUUUUUAAUCACAAGCCAUUGCCUCAUUUUAUACUGUAAAAAGAAUUUCCUUUAUAUACCUUUAUAGAGUAUCAAAUACCUAAGAAAUUUUCUUUUCUAAUCUGGUAGCUGACCUAAUUUCCAUAAAGCCAUUUCCAUGGUUUAACAGACUGUACAAACUCUUAAUGUAUCCUAAUAUUGCAUACCCCAGCAAAAAAGCAUAACUCUUCUUACUCAGCACAAUAUCCUUAGUUAGUUUGGACAAAGAAACUUCAAGCCUAAGCCUUCAUGUUGUUAGGAACAUGACUCUCAGAGCAACUUAUGGCAGUGCAGCUUCCUAUUCCAUUAUUGCCAUCACACUUUUAAUGCCAUUUUAAGCUGAAGCCACUCAAUCCCCAGCACUUCUGAAGUAAAGCUCCCAUGUUCUGUUAAGGCAUCUUAAAAUACAUGCACAUACAAAAGGCCUGUACUUCCAUAUCUAAAAGUAUUUCACUGAAAUAAAAAAAAAAAGAGUAAAAAUUGACAUCAACAGUACUAAAGCACACUUGGGUCUUGCGUCUACCUGGUCACCUGCCUUGACUGUGCAAUCUCUAAACCCUUAAAUUGCUUAAUCUUAGCAGUGAAUGUUUAAAAAUAUUAGAACAAUAUAUUUUUUAUUCAAGCUCUGUUUGAAAUACAGUACUCCAAAGCAAGUUAAAAUGCUGGCCUUUUUUAGGCUAGCCCUGUAAGGCAAUAGCUACAGAAAACACAGAGAUAAUCAUCUUAAUAUUUAAGAGGUAUUGUGAUCUAUGAGAUAGAUACAGAGAGAUAAAUUUUGACCAUUAUAUGGCAAUCUGUAUGGGCAGGUGUUGAGAGGUGACCACAUAAUUUUAAGCAGUCACCUGAACAAGCCAGGCUUAGAGGCAGCAAGCCUGACUUGCUGCUUUACACAAAUAAACUCUUUAGCUAUCAAGCCAGUCCCAUGGAAAGUGUGCAGCACUGAAGGAACUGUGCAGUCAUCUACCCAAAAAAUGCACUUGCACUGUUCACCCAAUACCCUUAUACCUUGGCCCAAACUGCUAUCACCAGCUUACCAUGCUUCCUUCAUGUGGCAGUAUAAAAGAUCACCAUGACUGUUCUUGUUAGUAAACAAGGGUUGGAUACUGGGGCAGGGGGUGAUUAUACACAGCCAAUAAUAAAGUAAAUCUGUGUGUACUAUUUUUGCCCUACUGACUGUUUAACAGUUUGUCACCAGGCUUUUUAAAGCCUCAUUUGUGUAAUUAUUCAAGCAGAAUAAUUUGGGCUUCCUACCAAAUAAUCAGUUGAUAGUAAAAUAAACCCCGUAACUCUGGCAACCAAGUGAAAAUAUCCAAAGUCAGUGCU